AUGAUAUCCCAAUAUGAAAUAUUCAUAAAGGCUCUAUCCCGCCUUCUAGGAUGGAUAUAUAUGCUCUGCUGGUCCGCAUCCUUCUACCCCCAACCAAUCGACAACUUCCGCCGCCGCUCAACAACCGGUCUAGCCAUCGACUUCCCCACCGUCAAUGUCCUCGGCUUCGCCUCCUACGCUGUAUACACAGUCACCUUUCUCUACUCUCCUGUGAUACGGAGCCAGUAUGCAGCCCGACAUCCGCAGUCCGAAGAGCCGACUGUGCGCGUCAAUGACUUGGCGUUCGCGGUGCAUGCCGUUUUCCUGAGUUCGUUGCUGUACUCGCAGUUCUUCCCGAGGAUCUGGGGGUUUGAGGUCUCGAGGCAUCAGAGGGCGAGUAAGCCGGUCAAGGGGAUUUUCUGGGGGUGUUUGGUUGCCGUGGGGGUUGUUAUUGGGGUUGUUCUGGCUGCGAGUCCGGAUGGCGGAUAUGACCCCCGUACCUGGGCUUGGAUUGACGUGAUGUACGCCCUUUCCUACGUGAAACUACUCAUCACCAUCGUCAAAUACGUGCCCCAGGCAUGGCUCAACUACAAACGCAAGUCCACGGACGGGUGGCGCAUCGAAAUGAUCCUAUUGGACUUCACCGGUGGUGUGCUCUCUCUCAUCCAGCUGUUGAUCGACUCGAGCUUCACGCAGGACUGGAGCGGCGUCACAGGUAACCCCGCCAAGCUCCUCUUGUCUAACGUUUCGAUUGUUUUUGAUUUGCUGUUCAUGGUGCAACACUACGUUCUUUACAGGGAUGUGGAGAAGAAGGAUCAGCGGAGGGGUCCUGGUCUGAUUACUCCGCUCUUGUCGGAGCCGGAUCAUUUGUCGAGGAGUGCUCAUAUUUGA